AUGCCCCAUUGCCGCCCCCGGAUUUCGCAGUCUCGGAGCGUUAUAGCCUCCAGGAGUAUUCGGGCAAAUGCUACGAGCAGUACGAGUGGAAGCCAGCACCAACAUCGCUCAACGAGUUCCAAUUCACCGAACAAUGCCUCGUCCUGGACCCUUAGUCGCACGCUGCUCACCUCCGCAUUUGCUGCGGGGCUAGGCUAUGGCUACGCUUCGUACGGACAGACAUCACCAAACGCAGCGGAUAAGCCACAGUAUGGUUCCACAAAAGACUUCGAGAAGGCGAUCGCAGAAUUGAGAGGGAAAUUAGGCGACGACACAAUUAGCACCGAUGAGGACGAUCUUCUGCAGCACGGCUACUCGGAAUGGUCGAGUCUUAAUGCCGACCGACUCCCCGUCGCGAUUGCAUAUCCCACCACCACAGAAGAUGUCGCUGAAAUUGCGAAGGUCUGCCAUAAGUACCGGAUGCCGAUGAUUCCUUACUCGGGUGGUUCCAGCCUGGAAGCCAAUUUCUCGGCACCUUACGGCGGACUGACCAUUGACUUUGCUUCGAUGAACAAGGUCCUGGAAAUUCACCAGGAUGACAUGGACAUUGUCGUACAACCAUCCAUUCAGUGGAUGGACCUGAACGAGCAGAUCAAGGACACUGGUCUCUUCUUCCCCGUCGACCCUGGUCCAUCUGCGAUGAUUGGUGGUAUGGUAGGUACCAAUUGCAGUGGGACAAAUGCAGUGCGGUAUGGUACUAUGAAGGAUUGGGUGAUCAACCUGACGGUUGUGCUGGCUAAUGGCCAAAUCAUUAAGACGCGCAGACGUCCCCGCAAAACCUCUGCUGGCUACAAUCUCACGGGACUGUUCGUGGGAUCAGAGGGAACAUUGGGUAUCGUUACGGAAGCCACGUUGAAGCUAGCGCCAAUUCCUGAGCUGACCCGGGUUGGGGUUGUUGCAUUCCCGACGAUUCGUGACUGCGCAUCUACUGCGAUGCAACUUAUUAAGAAGGGUAUUCAAGUCCAAUGCAUUGAAAUUUUGGAUGAGGUCCAAAUGGAUGUGAUCAACAGGGCAGGUGGUACAGGAAGAACCUGGGGUGUCUCUCCUACUUUGUUCUUCAAGUUCAGUGGAACAACAGCAGGCGUCGCUGAUAGCAUCACCUUGACGAAGCAGCUUGCCAAGUCUAAUAACGCGUUGACAUUCACCUUCGCAAAGGACGAAAAGGAGGCACAUGACUUGUGGUCUGCACGAAAGCAGUCCCUAUGGAGUAUGAUGGCUUUGCGCAAGGAGGGCUCUGAAGUAUGGUCAACGGAUGUGGCCGUACCAAUUUCCAGGCUUCCUGAUAUUAUUGAAAUUUCGAAGAAGGAAUUGGAUGACCUCGGUAUUUUUGCCAGUAUUCUUGGGCACAUUGGCGACGGUAACUUCCAUGCGAGCAUUAUGUACGACCGCCACGACCCAGACGAGCGAGCCCGUGUUGAGAAGGUUGUCCAUGAUAUGGUUGAUCGUGCUCUUGAAAUGGAGGGUUCUUGCACGGGUGAACACGGCAUCGGUCUGGGCAAGAAGGGAUCCUUGAAGAAAGAGCUCGGCCCGGGCACAAUUGAUGUUAUGCGGAAGCUUAAGCGGUCCCUUGAUCCACACUGGCUUUUGAAUCCUGGCAAGAUUUUUGACUCGGAGGAAGAUUCCUGA